AUGGACUCCGUCUCUAGUUACCGCCUAGGGUUCGUGUUGUCACUCGUUCGACGGCGGCAAUAUGGUUUGACGGAAAUUGUCCCUCCCAUCACCAGUCGAAGUCGGAGUCACCGGCGUCUCGCCAGUCGGCUUUCUGGAUCGAUCAGCUUAUAUUCCGAUUAUGGCCUCCUUAUAUUCCUUCCGUCCAAUCGAAACCCAUGCAGAAACAAGCAAAAAAUGGAAGAACAAGUUGAAAUGGUGGGAAGGGCAUUUGUGGAACAUUACUAUCAUUUGUUUGAUACUGAUAGGUCCUCUCUUGCUUCCCUCUACCAUCAAUCCUCUAUGUUGACUUUUGAAGGUCAAAAGCUACAAGGUGGUGAUAAUAUCUGUUCCAAGAUAAACCAGUUGCCUUUCGAUAAAUGCCAUCAUCUCAUUAGCACUAUUGACUCCCAACCCUCCUCGUUUGCCGGCGGCAUUGUGGUGUUUGUUAGCGGCAGCCUCCGACUUGCUGACGAAGACCACCCUCUUCGGUUUAGUCAGAUGUUUCAUUUGAUCCCCACUCCACAAGGAAGUUUCUACGUGCAAAAUGACAUUUUUCGUCUCAAUUAUGGUUGAAUGUCAUCCAAAUUUAUGCUGUCAUUUAUUUAUUUAUUGUGAAUUUUCAUGUAUUUAAUUAACUUCUGUGACUUUUAUCUUUCAAACCAUCAUACUUUAAUUCGUGUACUUUAAUCGAGGGAUGCAUUGGGUUUAAGUCGAGGGGAAUACAAUUUUUUUUAGAACAACAUAUCAUUAAUAUAGCAAAAAGCUAGCAUCAAAACAAACGAAUUGUAAAUAAAUAACGAUAUUUAGAUGGUGUGGUAUUUCGAUGCCCUCAUUUGAUAAGGUAUUUGAACUUCUAAUAAUUUGCGGCGACAUGGCGGAACUGUCCAAAAAAGAAAAAGGUCUUGGUGGGUAUAUGCUAUGGUACGAUGUGGUGUCUGUGAAAAGUGAGAAAUGAUAGAACCUUCAAUCAAUCAAGGAUUGCAUCUACAAAAGUUGUGGACAUGGUUCAGUCAUCGGUGUUCAUGUUGCUUAAGCAUAGAAGCGAUAAUAAAGUUUAUAAAUAGAUAGAUUGAUGUAUUAAUCCACUUAUGUAAAAAAGUAUAGGGGAACUUGAUAUUCUAUAUUGUGGUGGCGACUGUAUCUGUAUCCCUACCUUGAUAUGUGAGGUUGAGUUUUCUUUUUUCUUAAUAAAA